AUGAAUGAACUUUUGUAUGUUGUUGUUGUUGUUGCAUGUGUGUCUUGGAUCAGAAGGGAAGAUUACCAUUUGCUGACAGUUGGCUUGACAACCUACAGCAGCGAUGAACGAUUUUUAGUAGAACACGCAAGACAUCUUCAAAGCUGGGGAUUACAGAUUAAGUUUGUCACUCCAAAUGAUGCUGGAAUUUACGAGUGUCAAGUUUCAACUCAUCCUCCAACAAGUAUUUUUGUCAAGCUUAAAGUUAUAGAAGCGAGCGCGGAAAUAACCGGAGCUCCGGAUUUAUAUAUAAAAAGUGGGAGCACAUUGAGAAUCGUUUGCUCUUUAAAACAAAACACGGAGACGCCGGUUUAUGUUUUCUGGUAUCACAAUGAUAGAAUGAUUAACUACGACAAGGAAAGAGUUUCUGUUUCCAAUGAUAAAUCAAUAAGCGUUUUACAAAUCUACGAAGCAGAUAAGACUGAUUCAGGAAAUUAUUCUUGUGUUCCUUCAAAUGCAAAACAAGCCAACGUUAACGUACACGUAUUAAACGGUGAAAAACCAGCUGCGAUGCAACAUGGCGGACGAAACAAUUGUUCUCUUAUAACCGGUCAUUUAUUUUUAAUUUGCUGGUGUUGUUGUCUUCUACCGAUUAUCAUGCCAAUAACGUAUUACGAACAAGAAAGAGAAUUUAUACAAAUAUUAUUAAACGAUUUUAAUUAUAAUCGAAAAAUGAUUUUUUAUCGUUUUUUCGGUUAUACCAGGUGA